UUUGACGUAACUUCCGCCUCGACGCGGCGUGGGAAUCUCUCCCYGAGGUGUCCGCGAAUUUACCGAGGUAGGUGAACCUAGCCUUCCCGGAGUGGUGCUACAGGCUUGGAAAGCAUGCGGGCGCCACAGCAUGGAGAGGGAAGAUGGGACGUCCGUGGCCGUUGUCGCAGUUGUGACCGAGCGGCGGUUCGCUCAGCGGUACAGGGAAUUUCUCGAGAAGCAGAAACUCUUGGAUAGACGGCACCGCGUGGAAAAGAUGCCCGACGGCACCGUGGCGCUACCGGUGCUGGGGGAGACGCUCCCCGCGCAGCUUCUGGAGGAGCUGAGGACUCGCGUGGCCCCGGGCAGCACGUGCGUGCUGACGCAGCUCCUGGAUCCUCUUCCUUCAAAGAAGGCCCAGGGUUGUUCGCCUGCCCAGAGACUGUGUCUGGAGGUGAGGCGCUGGGUAGAGGGCCGGGGAGUGGCGUGGUCGGCUGAAUUGGAGGCUGAUUUGCCCCGAUCUUGGCAACGACAUGGUAACCUUUUGUUGUUGAAUGAAGACUGUUUCCAAAACAAGCAGUGGAAAAAUCUGGGACCAGAACUCUGGGAGACCGUUGCCUUGGCAUUUGGCGUCCAGCGUUUAGCAAAACGAGGGCGGGUAUUCCCGGAUGGCACUCGAACUCCAGCGGUGACUCUGCUGCAUGGCGACCAUGGCUGGGUAGAGCAUGUGGAUAAUGGCAUCCGAUAUAAGUUUGACGUGACCCAGUGCAUGUUCUCCUUYGGAAACAUCACUGAAAAGCUGCGAGUGGCAUCGCUGCCCUGUGCUGGACAAGUGCUGGUGGAUCUCUAUGCAGGGAUUGGUUAUUUUACAUUGCCCUUCCUAGUUCAUGCUGGUGCUGCCUUUGUCCACGCCUGUGAGUGGAACCCCCAUGCUGUAGUCGCUCUGAGAAAUAAUCUGGAGAUCAACGGAGUAGCAGAUCGGUGCCAAAUACACUUUGGGGAUAACAGGAAGCUGAAGCUCUCAAGCAUUGCAGAUAGGGUGAACCUGGGUCUGAUUCCCAGUUCAGAAGAAGGCUGGCCCAUUGCCUGCCAGGUGCUACGACAGGAUACUGGGGGCAUUUUGCAUGUCCAUCAAAAUGUGGAAUCUUUCCCAGGGAAGAAUCCCCAGCCUCCUGGAAGUAGCAAAAUGGAGAAAGAACAUUGGCCUUAUCCUCAGAAAAUUAUCACCAAUGAAUGGGAAAAUGGAACUGCCAGAGAUUUUAGGAGGAAACUGCUUUCACAAGCCACCAAGCUAGAGUGGCAAAGGUGGGCAGAAUCUGCAGAAACUCGAAUUGCCACUCUUCUUCAGCAGGUGCAUGGGAAACCAUGGAAGACACAAAUCCUGCACAUCCAACCGGUGAAAUCUUAUGCUCCCCAUGUGGAUCACAUAGUUCUGGAUCUGGAAUGUCGCCCAGUCCUAUAGUUGACUAGAGGAGGUGGAUUCAUAUUCUACUCUGUGAACUCCAGUUGCCUUGGGAUCCUGGCUAGGCCUACACUUGGAUUCUCCUUCCCUGUGCCACAGCCUGGAAAUUUUCUUCAGGCAGUAGCUGGAGCAAUUGUAUGACUCAUUUGGUAUACUUUUCAUCKCUGAUGAAUCAUCACCCUUCAAGGCUUAUGUACAAUUCCCUGACAGUCAUCUUUUUUUCUCAUGUGUUUUACCAGUUUUUUUAAACUUUAAAGUUUGUAAUAGUUGUGUACUUUCAAAGUCAUUUUAGAAAUUCACUCUAGUAAUACUAUGCACAUGUACUUCAGUUGACAAAAAUAUCAAUAUGAGAAGCACAUAAGAAUUUUUUGCUAAAACUGUUUAGAAUGCUUACUUAUGAAGGGAAUAUUAAAGUAUUAAAAAUGCAAUGACAUGUUUUUCUGAUUAGACAUGACAGUAACUUACAGAAUUUCUUGAUCAUCACACACAAUGUCAGUCCAAAAAGUGUCAAAAUAGAUAUUUGUCUCUUGACUUUUUAAAGGUCAUGGUUGAAUCAAAAGUAAAAAAAAAAAAAUGUUGAAUGAAUUAAGGCUCCAACUAAAUGUUGCAUGCACUCUUCCCUGCCUUCUCCUGCUCACUAUUGCAUUAGGUAGGUCAGUGGAUACAUAUGGGUGGAGAGACUACCCCAAUUCCUAUUUUUUUAGUAGUUUCUAUUUUUUUUUAAAAGCCUUACUUAAAYAUGUUUAAAAACUCAAAGGUAACAAUAAGUGUUGGCGAGGAUGUGGGGGAAAAAGGUAUACUCAUA